AAAUUCUUCUCAUUCAACUCUGCACGUUUUUUUGUUGAAUUGUAGAUACGAACUUCGAUUCUGUGUGAUAGUUUGUGCUGUAGGGAGACCCGAUGGUGGUUUUCCUUUGAGCUUAUUUGCCUGCCUCGGAAGGUCGACCAACACCAGCUUGGUUGAGUCCGAAGCAGCAUGUGUCUAAUCCUAGUUUGUGAGGGCCGCAUUGAAAGGGAUUUACGCAUUGAGUGGAGUGAUGUGGAGAUAGUACAGAACUUUCAAGUUUGAAGUUAAUUGGGUUAUCCGACACCAAGUUCUGUGGUGGAUUCAAUAGGCCUGACCUUCUUCCUUCAUGUUUCCAGGUUUUGCCAAUGUAGUACAGUUUGAAUUCCGCUGAACCCCGGUUGAUGCAUUGAAGUGAGUCUACCCUGAUUUGUGAGAAAGAAGUCUACGUAUGUGUAUUUGUGCAUCUAUCCUUUUCAGACACAUUGUCAAUGUCGUCUCUUACUUGGUCAUUAGGUCGUGUCACCCUAGUUUUCCACUGCGCAAUUCCCUCCUCAAGGCAUUCCAGGUCUUCUUCGCAACAGCUUUCCUGCCGAAGGUUGAGCUGCAAUUGCGCCUUGCCUAGACUUUCUACUUCUGCUACACCCAAAACCCUACAAUCAACCAUUGAGAGUCUCCACAGCGGUCCUGAACUCCAAAGCAAAAUCAUAGUCAGUUCUUCAGGACCCGAACAUUCUUCUGUUCAACCAGACCAGAAACCUCCCCCCUUCCAUGACUACCAUAGAAGCGUAUUGCAAAGUGUGCUAUCUUUGGUUGUGGCAUUGACAAUGACGAUCGGCAUUCAAGGGGCUCCGUCCUCCCGAGACACUUUUGAAGAUGUCCCACAAACCCUUUCUGGAGGAGACAAGGGGCAAAGAAUUCAGAAACCGAAGUCGGCUAAGGCGGAAUCGUGUACGAGGAAAUGUGUAUCUACAUGUAUUAGAGGAGGAGCUGGGGCACCAGGCGAGGGUCCUCUUAACGUUCGAAGGCCACUAGUGGUGUUCAAGGAAGGCUUUCGAAGCCGACAGUACUGCCUUAUCGAGUGCAGUGAAAUCUGCAACUUAAUCGGCGAUGGUGACGAUGGACCAUGACUUGGAUUGGUGCCACUAUGGUUGACUUGUAGAAGUACCUAGCAGGCCCGUGCUCAACUGCACUUCAUUUAUUGAAAUAAAAAGGAAAUGUCUGUUUCAAGUUUCAGUAUCUCCUAGGUGCAAUGCCUAAGGCUGUUCUUGCAGUUUGCAAUACAGUCCAGGAAUGCUUUAAUUUAUUGAGGUACCGACUUUACAGAAAAUGCAGCGUAACAUCUUUCGUCUUGCAUUUCGGAGAAGUACCCUGUAUUUAGAAAGUAGUUUCCUUUUCAACUAUCAAUAUGAUGUGAAUCUCAACAUCAUACGC